AUGGUUGGACAUAUAAUGCUGAAACCAUACGUGCUGUUCCUGUUCGGUUCACAGGUAUAAUAUUAGACAUGUCUGAAAUAUAUUGCAUUUAAAUUUUUAUGACAAAACAAUUUCUUAUGCAAUUGUUAGUAUUUAUACUUAAUGAUAAAUAUCUUGUUUAGGGUGACCAACAACCAACUCCAAGGUCUCUGAUGUAUCAUGAUAAUAGUGAUACACAGGACGACUCUGGCGAACCAGUCCCCAAACGAUCUCGUUGUGACGAAGAAGACCAUGGUGAUGAAAGCAGUGAUGAUGACAUGCACGACAAGGAGAUGGAAUAUAUAUUUUUUGGAAAUAGUGCUGAUGAAGAGUCUGAUCAUGAAACUGACGAAGAUAAAUGGCUGCCUUAA